GCACGGUGCGUCUUGAGCCGACAGCCGGCUCCCGCCCACCACCGGUUUAUAUGGGAAACCUGUCAGCGCGGUCGAGUAGCGCAUUCGGUGGGGAUCGGGCCAGAGACCAUGUUGUCGUGCCUGAGACCGCCGCGGCGGUACCGCGACCCGCUGGUACUCGCUCUGCCCGUCCUGAUACUGUUGCCGCUGGCCCUCGCCCUCAGGAUGCAGGAAGCCUACUGUGGAUUCAUUGUGCUCCUGAUGGCUGUGUACUGGUGCACUGAGGUCAUCCCGCUGGCCGUUACCGCUAUCCUCCCCAUCGUACUCUUCCCGCUGUUCGGAAUCAUGACAUCUAAAGCAGUGUGUAUGCAGUACAUGAAGGACACCAACGUACUCUUCUUUGGUGGGUUAAUGGUGGCCGUGGCCAUCGAGACUUGGAACCUCCACAAGCGAAUCGCACUGAGGGUGCUCCUCAUCGUUGGAGUUAGACCAGCUCUGCUGAUGAUGGGCUUCAUGGGCACAACUGCCUUUCUCUCCAUGUGGAUCAGUAACACGGCGACCACCGCUAUGAUGGUGCCCAUCGCCCAGGCCGUGCUGGACCAACUCAGUACCGUGGGCACGGAGCCAGGGAGUGAGCGGACCGCCAGCGACGUGGAGCUGCAGGAAAGGGGCGCCGGCUCUGAGGUGCACGGGGCAGCUUUGAUCUCUCUCAUUGUACAGAGCCAGGACCCAGAGCCCGGGCUGGAGAAGAGCCUGCCCACAUCCCCCACCUCCAAGGACCAGAGUGAGGGGCUGCAGCUACACAAGAUGCUCUCCCUGUCUGUCUGCUACGCGGCCAGUAUCGGGGGUACGGCUACUCUCACCGGGACCGGCCCCAACCUUGUUUUCAAGGGCCAGUUUAGCCAGAUCUUCCCCGAGAGCAGAGACGUGAUCAACUUUGCGUCCUGGUUUGGAUUUUCCUUCCCGAACAUGCUGCUGAUGCUGGUCUGCUGCUGGGUCUGGCUACACGUGUUGUUCCUGGGUGUGAAUUUUAGGAGGCUGUGGGGGUACAGGACUGAGCUGUCUCCCAGAGAAAAGGCAGCCUACGGGGUGAUCCAGGCAGAGUACCAGAAGCUGGGCCUCAUGUCCUUCGCGGAGAAACAGGUCCUGGGCCUCUUCGCCCUGCUGGUGCUGUUGUGGUUCAGCAGGGACCCCGGUUUUGUGCCCGGCUGGGGCACCCUCCUCUUCAACAGGGAUGGCAAGGAAUUUGUUACUGAUGCCACUGUGGUGAUCUUCAUCACGAUCCUGAUGUUUAUCGCACCUUCACAGAGACCACAGCUCAAGCCCUGGGUGCAGGGCAGGCGGAGUGCAGAAGAGGACAUGACAGGCAGGCAGCGGUCGGAGUCCCCCGGCACCCGGCUCCUGGAGUGGAAACUGGUGCAGAAGAAGGUGCCCUGGAAUGUGAUCCUCUUGUUAGGAGGAGGCUUUGCCUUGGCCAGGGGCUGUGAGGAGUCGGGACUGUCCAGGUGGCUGGGAAGCCAGCUGCUGCCCCUGCAGAAUAUUCCACCAUGGGCCAUCGUCACUGUUCUCUGCCUGCUGAUCGCCACCUUCACCGAGUGCACCAGUAACGUGGCCACUGCCACUCUCUUCCUCCCCAUCCUGGCUUCCAUGGCCUCCCAGAUCAGAAUGAACCCCCUCUACGUCAUGAUUCCAGCCACCCUCAGCACCUCCUUUGCUUUCAUGCUGCCUGUGGCGACCCCGCCCAACGCCAUCGUCUUCUCGUACGGCCACCUCAGGGUCUCGGACAUGGUCAAAGCAGGGCUCGCUCUCAAUCUGAUCGGAGUGGUUUCUGUGAUUGUGGCCGUCAACACCUGGGGUCGGGCGAUGUUUGACCUCAGUACCUUCCCCGCCUGGGCAAACGUCACAGACUCAGUGUGACAGGCAGCAGAGGGGUGAAAUCCCAGCAGGAGGCUCUACCCCACAAACAGUGGAUUAAUAGGACUGCCUAAAUGGACCGGUCAAUGGAGAAAGACCCAGGAGUGGACAUCUGACCACAUGCAACGUGCUGACAAAACCUGUGCCUGUAUCCGGUCCAGAGUGACUCUGGUCUCAGUGAUUUUAUUCAGGGGUGCAGUGCUAGCCGGAGCGCAUCUGGCAGCUCUUUAAGAAAAAAACAUCCGAAAUAAACAAGCUAAUUAAUUAGGUGCCGCCCAGGGUGAUUUGAGUCUCUCAGAAACUGCACCCCUGAAGAUGUGCCAGACACGCACUGGCUAGCGCUGCACCCCUGAUUUUAUUGAAAUUAAUAAAGAGAUAGAUAUUAACUUUAUUAGUCCCACGUGCAUCAAAACACACAGCGAAUGUGUCGUUUGCAACAACAACCAACACAGUGCAAGGAUGUGCUGGGGGCAGCCCCCAGGUGUCACCAUGCCUCUGGCACCAACAUGGCAUGCCCACAACUUA